AUGCAGCAGCAGCAGAGGAGGCCGUACCACGACUACCUCCGCGUCAACACGGCCAGCGGCUCUUCUGCCAGAAUCCCACUCAAAGACGGUCGGUCGGGAGGCGUCUUUGGCAGCGCGACGACCCGAGGCUCGAGGCCGACACAGGAGGAUACCUUCAAAGUCGCGUGCGUCCACGUCGACCCCACGGAGCUGAGGCAUAGCUUGCAGACCAGCAAGAGCAGGGUCCUGCAGGAGGCUGGCAGACGUUGGGAUCCCGUCUAUGCCGGCGAGGAUGAUGCCAUUGCGGGACAGGUUGUCUGGUUCGGGUGUUUUGACGGUCAUGGCGGACAGGCCAUCUCUAGCUUCCUUCGGGAUGAAUUGCAUGGCGCAUUCGAAGAGGUCGACGGGAGCAUGGCGACAGACACGGUGCGGUAUACCCGAAGUCUAGGCGGAUACUUUCGUAGGUUCACCGGCGGGCUGCUCUCCCGAUGGGUCAGGCAAGAUCUUCUUCCGCCAGUACGCGCAAGCCGACCCGGCGCGGCACACCACAGGCCAAAGAAGCAGAACCCAGCCUUGGACUCCGACGCAGGCUCAGAGCCAAAGGUGCCUCACACAGAGGACGAGCCGCCAGUGCCUCCUGCCAAAGAAGGCACACCGUCAGGCGAAGACGUGCCAACGGGCGUCGCUGCAGAUGUGGCGCAGGCAAAGGGCCUCGGCGGUCCUUCGACGGAUGCUCCGGAUAAAGGACUUAUCACUGUCGAGAAGAUCGACCCCCCAUCCGAGGUGGCUAAGGAACCCUUGACGUUGGCUGAGCGAGCGACAUUGGCCUGGCUGCACGUCGACCGGCGCAUUCAGUCCUCAAAAUCGCUAAACGUCGGAGGUUCGACGGCGAGCGUGGCACUGUUGCACAGUCUUGACUCGCCUGCGCAGCCUUGGUACAGCAGCAAGCUUCUCAGUAUCACUUCGAUUCACAUUGGAGACACCCGCAUGCUCCUUUGCCCCACGUCGGACGGCCACGCGAUCCCACUCACAAACUAUCACCACCCAGACGACCGUGCAGAGGCCGAACGGCUUCGUCGUGUCGGGGCCGGCCUCAUCACCGACAGCUUCGGCGAGGCGCGCUGGAUGGGAGCCCUGGCCAACACGCGAGCCUUUGGGGAUUCGCACUUCAAGAAGGCAGGCGUCACGGCUGAGCCAGAGGUCAUCUCGCAGGUCCUCAAGGGCGAUGACUUCGCAUUCGUCGUGUGCUUCAGUGAUGGGAUUGGGGGCGUGGUCAGCGAUCAGGAGGUCGUGGACCUGUGCAGAGGCGCGCAGCAUCCACACGAUGCGGCAAAGAACGUGCUCAGGUACGCAGAGGAGCUCGGGUCAGACGACAACGCCACCGUCGUCGUUAUACCAUUGAGGGGUUGGGGCAACGUGGGCGGUGAAGACAGGACAAAAGAGACACGGGAGUAUAAAAAGAGCAAAGUAGACCUCUUUAGAGAUCAUCGGCAGUAA